AUGCUCUACGAGAGCACCGCAUACACCGUCGCUUUGACAUAUGAGAAUGCGCUUAAAAAAGUUUGCCACUCUUUCGGCGAUUUUCUGUUCAAGCGGUCGACAGGAGCCUACCGAUUCCCAGAUCCCCACGCUCAUCUGACUUCUACUGUACUUGAUAGUGAUGGAAUCGACGGGUGUUGGACCACCUUCAGUCUACACAUCGGAACACCUCCGCAGAUGGUGAGACUCCUGCCUUCUAUUACAGGAAAUACUAUAUGGGUGGUGUUACCACGAGCUUGUCCGAACUCAUCUCCAAAUACCUGCUGGUCAGAUCGUGGGAACAUUUUCACGUCCGACCAGUCGUCGACAUGGGUGGACAAGGGACUGUUCCAAUUGCCUCUCAAUCCUGAGCAUUAUCUACCAUUUAGUGGAGCUGCUAAUUAUGGACUCGAAAAUGUCGCAGUCGGUUCGAACGAUAACGGUGGUGUAAGUCUUCCACAUCAAGUCGUGGUUGGGUACGACACGGAGGAUUUCUACCUUGGUGCUCUGGGGUUGUCGCCCUCGUUGGUCAAUAUCUCAGACUAUACUGACCAGUAUCUGAGCUUAUUGGGGACUCUCAAGAAGGGUAACAACGUCUCUAGCAAUUCGUACGGCUAUACUGCAGGAGCGUCCUAUCAGUUAUUCCCUGCCAGAGAUUUUGGCAGCCUCACCUUGGGUGGCUAUGACUCAACACGAAUGGAUGCAUCAAAGAAUUUGACGAUUCACGGGGUUCAGGACACCUAUCAGCCAAUGCGGCUUGGUAUUAAAGAUAUUAAAGGUGGAUCAACGAAACUUCUGGAUAUGCCUAUUGUUGCUGCUCUGGACUCUAUCGUCUCGCAGAUCUGGCUUCCAAUCUCAGCUUGCAAGAAUUUCGAAUCCGCGUUUGGACUUGUUUGGGACUCAAGAUAUGAGCUCUAUAUCCUAAAUAAAACGCAACGCUCGAUUCUCCUUGAGAAAAAUGCCACCAUCACCUUUACUCUGAGCACUGGCUCGCUGCAACGCACGGACGACCACCUUGACAAAACGUUUCCAUAUGCCGCAUUUGAUCUCAAAGCCAAACCACCUUUCGCCGGUUUGAAUGAGGCUGUGCACUAUUUCCCCCUAAAACAGGCCGCGAACGAGACACAAUACACACUAGGAUUGUUUCCGGCUGUUUUCCCCGACUACAACGUUGAGCCACAUCUAGUCACUAUUAACCCGCCCGAGGGCAUCUCCGAUGGACCCGAUGAUACGGUUCAGAACGUUCAUUCGACAAGCGUGUGGUCUCGAACAGUCAUCAUCUGUACCAUCAGUGGCGGCAUCAUCGUGGUUCUUCUCUUCGUGAUCCGCAUAUCGCUCUGUGUUCAGCGCAAUCGGCAAGAGAAACCUGCUAAGGCAGCUCCCGAGCUAUCAAGCCAUUGGAAGAAAGCCGAACUCGCAGGCAAACGACUCUAUCACAGUGAGCUCCCAAGCCAAGUCGUUUCUACUCUUACGUACGAGCUUGCUUCCCCAAUUGACGUUCAGCACGAAUUAGCAUCUAUUAGGGAGCUUAGAGGUUGGACACGCUCAGAAACAAUGUCUGUCUCCAACUCGCCGUCGCGGGACAUGCCAGGCCAUCGAGGCGGAUCUGGCACGUCAUUUGGUGCGCCUACUGUGAUUGGGAAAGCGGUGCGACCUCACAAACGCGCUGCUAUGAGGUUGCUCUUAUUAUUUCUGUUCGCUCUGACUUUGACUCCCAAAUACCACGCCAUUGCAGAGCAUCACAUGAACAGACCUCCUCUGCAUUGGGUCAAUAAACGCAACUCCAAUGUUCCUCUGCGCAUCACAAACGACUGCGACCAAGACAUUUACCCUGCCAUCCAAACUCAAGCAGGCACCGGACCACCAUCGACUGGCUUCCGCUUGACUCCCGGCAGCAGCAAUGCCCAGUCAGUCAGCGCGGACUGGCAAGGGCGCGUAUGGGGACGAACCAACUGCAGCUUCAACAGCCAGGGCACCGCACCGGCCAAUAACGCACCGGGCCAAGCCUGCUCAACCGGCGACUGCGGCGGCACGCUCGCGUGUCGAGGCUCUGGCCACCCGCCGGCCUCCCUCGCAGAAUUCACCCUGGAAACCGGCUCCUCACAAAGCUACUACGACAUCUCCCUGGUCGAUGGCUACAAUCUGCCCUUAGGAAUUCUCUCCCUCCUAUCCAGCACCACGAACAACACCGAUCUAAGCAACAUCCCCCCAAACCUCACCAACCCAAUCUGCAUCGGCACCUCCACCCUCCUCUCCCCUACGGGGGCAGCAGCAAAAGACUCCACCACCCGGCACGCUCGCGUCUACUACGACAUCUCCCUGGUCGAUGGCUACAAUCUGCCCUUAGGAAUUCUCUCCCUCCUAUCCAGCACCACGAACAACACCGAUCUAAGCAACAUCCCCCCAAACCUCACCAACCCAAUCUGCAUCGGCACCUCCACCCUCCUCUCCCCUACGGGGUCAGCAGCAAAAGACUCCACCACCAACUUCGGCACCAACACCACCUACCCUCUCCCGCUGGAGCAGACCCUCACCCCGUCCACCCUCUUAUCCUGGUGCCCAUGGGACCUCCAACUCUCCCCUCCCCUCCAACCCACCGACGGCAUCUACCCGUACCCGGAUUCCACCAUCCCCCGCCCCGCAUUCAACCCCUGCUUCUCUACCUGUGCCAAAUACUCCUCCCCCAAGGAUUGCUGCACCGGCCGCUACAACAACGCCAACACCUGUCGCCCCAGUCUCUACUCCACCCAAGCCAAGAAGAUCUGUCCCGACGCUUAUAGCUACGCGUUUGAUGAUCAGAGUUCGACGUUCAUCAUCCCCAGCGGAGGCGGGUUCGAGGUGGUGUUUUGUCCCCGGCUGGGCAGGAGUACGAUUAUUUUGAAUGCGCUGGGGAGAGAGUUGAGGGAGUUGGCGCAGCGGGGGGCGGUUACGGGGGAGAUCUUGGAAGGGGCGAGGAAUGUAGGGUGGGAUGGGAUGGGCGGUGGUGGGAGUGAAGGGGACGGAGAUGCGGGGCCGAAGGGGCAGGCGAAGAGAUGGCUUGUCAAUGGUUGGAUGUGA